GUGAGGUUAUCCGUUAUACUAAUGUUUACAAAAUUUAUUUAAAUUGUAAUAAAAGAUAAUAAAGUUUAAAAUAAAAACUGAAUACCAACUUAAUAAUGUCGUGGUUGCUUCCCUUGAGUAGAAAGUUAAAACAGUUGAAAUUGCCAAUUACGCGCAAUCUAAGCACUACUAAAAUACUGACUUCUCAAACUCUUGAUGAUACAUCUACAGGAAAAGUUGGUGGAUUUGCAAAAGCCUUCGAAAAACAAAGCCAUAUUCUUGAGGAAACCAGCGGCCCUCCGCCUACGUUUGCAUCACUACUCCGGAAUUCAAAACUUAUUGAUCUUGGUGACCCAGUAGGAAAAAUUGUUGUGGGAAAAAUAUUUCAUGUUGUAGAAGAUGACUUGUAUAUUGAUUUUGGUUGGAAGUUUCAUUGUGUGUGUAAUCGGCCUUCUACAAGAGCUGAAGAAUAUGUGAGAGGUGCAAGAGUAAGAUUACAAAUUAAAGACCUUGAAUUGUCAUCUAGAUUUCUUGGCUCUAGUACUGAUCUGACUCUGCUAGAAGCGGAUUGUAAGUUACUAGGUAUUGUAUCAAGUCCUAUUAAACCUAGUGAAAGGAGUAAUUAGUGUAUAUGUAUUUCAUAAAUUUGUAAUUGUUGUUAGUGCAUAGUAAUAAAUAUUAACUAUUAUUUAAAUUGCUUAUUAC